AUGGCUCCUGCUGCUAAAAAGGCUGUCCACUUCGGUGCUGGCAAUAUCGGCCGUGGCUUCGUUGCCUGCUUUCUGCACAACUCUGGCUACGAGGUUGUGUUUGCUGAUGUUGUCGAUUCUCUGAUUGACAAAAUCAACUCAACACCCUCGUACAAGGUGAUCGAAGUCGGAACCGAUGCCACCAGCGAGAGUGUCAUCACCAAUUACCGUGCCAUCAACUCCAAGACCCACGAAGAGGACCUGGUCAAGGAGAUUGCCACAGCCGACGUCGUCACCUGCUCCGUGGGUCCCAAUAUCCUCAAGUUUAUCGCCCCCGUCAUCGCCAAGGGUAUCGACCGUCGACCAAACGGGAACCCUCUGCAUGUCAUCGCUUGCGAAAAUGCCAUAGGUGCCACCGACACCCUCGCUCAACACAUCAAGGACCCUCGAAACACAGCUUCCCACCGUCUGGAGGAUCACCACCUGCGGGCUCGCUACGCCAACUCGGCUAUUGACCGUAUCGUGCCGGCCCAAGACCCCAAAGCUGGGCUCAACGUCACCCUGGAGAAGUUUUUUGAGUGGGUCGUCGACAAGACCCCCUUUGAAGAUGUCGGGAUCCCCUCCAUCGAGGGCAUCAACUGGGUUGACAACCUCGCCCCUUUUAUCGAGCGUAAGCUGUUCACGGUCAACACUGGUCACGCCACUGCUGCCUACCACGGCUACAACCGAAGUAAGCGUACCGUCUAUGACGCUCUCCAGGACAAAGACAUCAUGGCCGAGGUUCGAGGGGCCUUGAUGGAGACCAAAAACUUGAUUGUUGCCAAGCACGAGUUUGAGGAAGACGACCAAGCCGCCUAUGUCGAGAAGAUUAUCAAGCGCAUUGGCAACGCCCACCUGGGAGACGCUGUCGAGCGUGUGGGCCGCGCUCCUCUGAGAAAACUAUCUCGCAAGGAGCGCUUCAUUGGUCCCGCUGCCGAGCUCGCCGAGCGGGAUCAGCCCAUCAAGUUUUUGCUUGAUGCCAUUGAGAUGUGCCUCCGUUUUCAGAACGUCGAAGGGGACGACGAAUCCAAGGAGCUCGCACAAAUCAUGUCCGACAACUCCCCCGAACAAGUUGUCAGCAAGGUCUGCGGCAUUCAGAGCACCGAAAAGAUCUACCCCCAACUGCUGCAAGUCGUCAAGCGCGUCCAGGACGACAGCCGCGAGGAUUGA